AUGGAUUAUCUCCUGUGUAUGAGGUUUAGUACAUUGAGAAACUAUUUCCCCGAUGAAUUAAACGAAUCUACAGAACGCAAUUUUCAUGAUAAUGGGCAAAUUAGGAAUUAUUGCCCUGAUGGAGGUUCAGGAGGCAAAAAAGAAUGUAAGACUGAUUUAGAUAAAAUAAAGGCUGGGUGUUUAUGGUUGUUUGAGCAAUUUUUUGUGAAAAGUAAAAAACAAGAUAUCAAUAUUGUUGAAUACAUUAUGAUGUGGUUAAGUAAUAUGCUAAGCAUAAAAAAUUUUGAGGAGUUUAAGAAUAUAAGUGAAUUUUACAAUAAACAUAUAGAAAAUAAUCCACAUUAUAUUAAGUGUGAUAAUGAUGGUAAAGAUUGUAGUGAUUCAUUAAAAAAAAUAACGGGAUGUGCAAAUUAUAACGAAAUCAUAAAUAAAAAAAAGGAUUUGUUGAAUAUUAGUAUUGAAAAUAUGUCUAAAUUUUAUGAUGCAUUUAAAUUAUUAUGUAGCAUGUAUACUGAACUUAAUGCAAAUGACACAAAAAAUAAGAAAUAUUUAGAAAAUGCUAAUGAAUUUGUUAAAAAAUAUGAUAAACUUAACGAUCCUAAUAAUACUAAAGAUAACACCUAUUAUCAUAUAUUGUCUACAUUAUCAAAUGAUUAUAACAAUUUUAAAAAUUAUUGUAAAGACAAUGAAGUUGAUUGUAACGAUAUCCCAUCAAUUUCCCCGAUAAAAACACAAAAAAAUGGUGUACGAAGUUCUGCACAUAACCAUGUACAAAAUUCUGAAGUUACACCAUCAAGCCCAUCAGUCGUAAGUAAAUUAAUUCCAGUUUUAUCGAUAAUUGUUGCAAUACCAAUAUUCUUGGGAAUUUUUUAUAAGUAUUCGUUAUUUGGAUUUCGGAAACGAUCUCAAAAACAACAUUUAAGAGAAAAGAUAAAAAAAUAA